AUGGCCUUAUUCAGAGACAUGGCAGGGAUUCCUCCCCUCACAGCCACUACAGCAGACAGUGUCCUGAUCAUUAUCGACGCUCAAAACGAAUAUGCCAACGGCCUUCUCAAGGUCCGUUCAGUCGACGAGACCCGUGCCGUAAUAUCCUCUCUUCUCUCCAAAUACCGCGCCACGGCCCAAAAAUCCGGCAAACCAAACGUCGUCCAUGUCGUCCACAAAGUGCCCGAGGGCACGCCGAUGUUCACGCCAGGAACGGCGCUGGCAGAGGAGAUGGAAGAGCUGAAACCAAUUCAGGGUGAGAAAGUAGUCGUCAAGGAGCUUCCAAAUUCGUUUGCGAAGACGGAGUUGGAUGCAUGGUUGAAGGAGCAGGGUUGUAAGAAGGUGGUUUUGGUUGGAUAUAUGGCCCAUGUUUGUGUGUCUACCACGGCUCGAAGUGCGAAUGAGCUUGGGUAUGAGGUGGUUAUUGCGCAGGACGGCGUUGGCGGCCGGGACUUAGGAAAAUAUCAUGGUGACGAAGUUGCAAAGAUGGCGCUUCUUGAAAUUGCGGACUAUUUUGGCACUUUGGUGGAUAGCAAGGAAAUUAACUAG